AUGCGAUUCCUUUGCUUGCAUGGGGGAGGCACAAAUGGUGAAAUCUUUGAAAUCCAAAUUGGAGGCCUCCGCCAGAUACUAGAGAAAAAUGGCCACGACUUCAAAUUCAUGAACGGGAAGAUGGACGCCAAAGUGGAAGAGGAACUCGAAGGCAUAGUGGACGGCCCCUUCUAUAACCACUACACCCGAGGUUCCUCGCCAGGCUCCAGCAUCCACGAAGCCUUCGAUCACACCAAGAGCUUCAUCACAAAAGAAGGCCCCUUCGACGUGGUCAUAGGUUUCUCACAAGGCGCGGCACUAGCAGCCUCACUUUUAAUUCACCAAAGCAAGAACUACCCGGCCGAACCGUCGCUAUUCCGCGCAGCGGUGUUUAUCUGUGGUGCGGCGCCCUGGGAUAGUACCGGACUAGAGCAGAUCGCGCCGCAGGCGGGAACUUAUCCAAUUGUCAUUCCGACGGCAAAUAUUGUUGGCAAGGCGGAUGCGCUGUUCCCGGAGAGCGUAAGGUUGUAUGAACUCUGUGAUCCCACCAAGGCGACUUUCUAUGAUCAUGGUUCUAAGCAUAUGGUUCCAUUUGAUAUGAAGAAUACGGAGGAGAUGAUUAGGGUUAUUGAGGAGACUCUUGCGAAUGCUAUUAGGGACUAG